AUGGCGCCAAGGUGGUUUAGCUUUUCUGCCCGCACCGCUAUGGUUAGCUGGCCAACAUCGCACGCUAAGAUUGAUGCGCCGCUACCUACACACAACUUCAUCGAUAACAGCUUCAAGCCAUCUGCUGCGACGGUAUGGAUCGACGUACACGACCCCGCGACCAACAACGUCGUUACUCGAGUACCCGAGUCGACAGACGCAGAACUUAGUGCUGCUGUUGCGAGCGCGCAAAGAGCAUUCCCUGCAUGGAAGAACACAAGUCUGCUGCGGCGGCAGCAGAUCAUGUUCAAUUAUGUCAGCCUCAUCCGCCAGAAUUGGGAUCGCUUGGCAGCUUCAAUUACCUUAGAACAGGGCAAGACGCUAGCUGAUGCGAGAGGUGACGUGCUGCGCGGGCUGCAAGUCGCUGAAACUGCCUGUGGCGUUACGACUCAGCUGCUAGGCGAGGUGCUGGAGGUGGCGAAGGAUAUGGAAACCAAGAAUAUUAGGGAACCGCUGGGCGUUGUUGCAGCCAUCUGCCCCUUCAACUUCCCAGCCAUGAUUCCCCUUUGGUCCAUACCUAUUGCUACAAUCACCGGCAAUACGCUGAUACUCAAGCCCUCAGAGCGCGACCCUGGUGCAUCAAUGAUUCUCGCUGAAUUAGCUGUCGAAGCAGGCUUUCCAGAAGGCGUAAUUAACGUUAUUCAUGGCACUAGACGCUGCGUUAACUUCAUCAUCGACGAGCCACUUAUUAAGGCUAUCAGCUUUGUUGGUGGUAACAAAGCUGGCGAGUACAUUUAUACUCGAGGGUCUGCUAAUGGGAAGCGUGUCCAGGCCAAUCUUGGCGCUAAGAAUCAUGCUGUUGUGCUUGAUGAUUGCAAUCGCGCCAGCACUAUCAGCGCCAUCGCGGGCGCAGCCUUUGGCGCAGCUGGCCAGCGUUGCAUGGCUCUAAGUACCUUGGUCCUUGUGGAAGCGGAUAGUCAAGGCUUUGUUGACGAUCUGGUCGCAGCUACUAAGCAGCUCAAGACUGAUGGUGGCUUUGAGGACGGCGCUGAUCUCGGCCCAGUCAUAAGCCCUCACUCCAAGGAGCGUAUAGAAGGACUAAUCGCUUCAGCGGAGCAAGAAGGCGCGACUGUGGUCCUUGAUGGACGAAACUACGCGCCUGAGAAGUACCCAAACGGCAACUUCAUUGCGCCCACCAUCAUCACCAAUGUCACGACUUCGAUGAAGUGCUACAAGGAGGAGAUUUUCGGUCCCGUCUUAGUUGUUCUCACAGCCCCAACGCUCGAGGCCGCCACCAAGAUCGUCAACGACAACGAGUACGGCAAUGGUGUCGCCUUAUUUACCAACUCAGGUAGCAAGGCUUCUUGGUUCCAGAAGCACGUUGAGGCUGGCCAAAUCGGCAUCAACGUGCCUAUUCCUGUACCGCUGCCCAUGUUCAGCUUCACUGGUAAUAAGAAGAGUGUCGCUGGUGGAGGUGUCAACACGUUCUACGGCAAGCCCGGUCUUCAGUUUUACACGCAGACCAAAACGAUUACCAGCAUGUGGAAGGGUGAGGAGGAGCCGGCUGUUAGUAGUAUGAACAUGCCCACCCAAAGCUGAGUGUGUUGAUUAGUCUACAAGCUGUUUAAUUGUUGGGUGGCCGAUGUCCAUCCUAUCUUAUAUGUCUCACGACGAAUCAUCUCUGUCCUCACACUCAUGGUCUGCCACCCGUGCUGCUUUUCCUCCAUUUCGAAUGAGAGCAACUGUCAGCUCGACACUGAAUACGC